AUGGCCUCCAACGGUGACAAGCCAACCCGUGACGUCAAGAACCACCUCCUCUUUGAAAUCGCCACCGAGGUUGCUCAUAGAGUCGGUGGCAUCUACUCCGUCAUCAAGUCCAAGGCUCCCGUCACCACUGCAGAGUAUGGCGACCGCUACACCCUCAUCGGUCCCCUCGACCACCAAUCGGCUGCCGUCGAGGUGGAAGAGAUGGAGCCUAAUACUCCCGAGCUUGCCACCACUCUCCAGGCCAUGAAGGACCGCGGCAUCGGCUACAUGUAUGGCCGCUGGCUCAUUGAGGGCGCCCCGCGCGUUUUGCUCUUCGACACCAAGACGGCCUACGGCUACUUGGACGACUGGAAGGGUGAUCUGUGGAACGUUGCCAGCAUUCCAUCUCCCCCUAGCGACGACGAGACCAACGAGGCUAUUGUCUUCGGCUACCUGGUAGCUUGGUUCCUCGGAGAGUUUGUGUGUCACGAGAAAUCCAAGGCCGUCAUUGCGCACUUCCAUGAGUGGCUCGCCGGAGUCGCCCUGCCCCUGACCAAGAAGCGCCGCAUCGACGUCACCACCAUCUUCACCACCCACGCGACCCUCCUCGGCCGAUACCUCUGCGCCGGCUCUGUCGACUUUUACAACAACCUCCAAAACUUUGACGUCGACGCCGAGGCUGGCAAGCGCGGCAUCUACCACCGCUACUGCAUCGAACGCGCCGCCGCACAUUCAUGCGACGUCUUCACCACCGUCUCCCACAUCACCGCCUUCGAGUCGGAGCAUCUGCUCAAGCGCAAACCUGAUGGCGUCCUGCCCAACGGCCUCAACGUGACAAAGUUCUCCGCUGUCCACGAGUUCCAGAACUUGCAUCAAGUUUACAAGGAAAAGAUCCAUGACUUUGUCCGUGGGCACUUCUACGGCCACUACGACUUUGAGCCCGACAACACCAUCUACGUCUUCACGGCUGGCCGUUAUGAGUUCCGAAACAAGGGUGUCGACAUGUUCAUCGAGUCGCUCGCCCGCCUCAACCACCGCCUCAAGGCUGCCGGCAGCAACAUCACCGUCGUCGCAUUCAUCAUCAUGCCCGCCAAGACGACCUCGCUCACCGUCGAGGCCCUCAAGGGCCAGGCUGUCAUCAAGUCCCUGCGUGACACCACUCUCGUCAUUGAGCAGAGCAUCGGCCGACGCAUGUUCGAGCGCUCGCUGAAGUGGCAUGAGGGCGACCCCAUGCCUGACGAGAAGGAGCUCAUCUCCAGCCAGGACCGUGUGCUCCUCCGCCGGCGCCUGUUCGCCAUGAAGAGGCACGGCCUUCCCCCGAUUGUCACCCACAACAUGGUCAACGAUCAUGAAGACCCCGUCCUCAACCAGAUCCGUCGUGUGCAGCUCUUCAACCACCCCACCGACCGCGUCAAGGUCGUAUUCCACCCCGAGUUCCUCAACUCGGCUAACCCCGUUCUUCCCCUCGACUACGACGACUUUGUCCGCGGCUGCCACCUUGGCGUCUUCGCGUCCUACUACGAGCCCUGGGGCUACACCCCGGCCGAGUGUACCGUCAUGGGCGUUCCCAGCAUCACGACCAACCUCUCCGGCUUCGGCUGCUACAUGGAGGAGCUCAUCGAGAACUCAAGCGACUACGGCAUCUACAUCGUCGACCGCCGCACCAGGGGCGUCGACGACUCGGUCAACGAGCUCACCGGCCACAUGUUUGACUUUUGCGGCAAGUCGCGCCGCCAGCGCAUCAACCAGCGCAACCGCACCGAGCGCCUCUCGGACCUGCUCGACUGGAAGCGCAUGGGCAUGGAGUACGUCAAGGCCCGCCAGCUCGCCCUGCGCCGCGCCUACCCGGACUCGUUUGGCGCCGAGGACGACGUCGCCGACGAGGACUACAUCCCUGGCGUCGAGCAAAAGAUUUCUCGCCCCUUUUCCGUGCCCGGCUCCCCCAAGGACCGCGCGGGCAUGAUGACGCCCGGUGACUUUGCGAGCCUGCAGGAGGGUCGCGAGGGGCUGAACACUGAGGACUAUGUUGCUUGGAAGCUUCCCGCCGAGGAAGACCCCGACGAGUACCCCUUCCCGCUGACGCUGCGCACCAAGCAGCCCGGCACGGGCUCUCUCAGCCCAGCGGCGCCCGCGCCCCUCUCGGACAACAACUAG